AUGCAUAUCUUGGUAACGAACGAUGACGGUCCUCCGUCUAACCAGUCCUCCCCAUACGUCCACUCCCUCGUUCAUUCUCUACAAAGCAGCGGUCAUACAGUAUCCGUGAUACUUCCUAACCAACAACGGUCAUGGAUUGGCAAAGCACACAUUGUCGGUGCCUCCGUGAGGCCGACGUAUUUUCGCCCAGGCACUCUUCAUCACGACGAUGGUACAAUCCACCCUUUACCUCGGGGCAGCGAAGAAGGUGACGAAGAAGAAGGCGAUGAAUGGGUAUUAAUUGACUCCACACCUGCGAGCUGUGUUCAAAUCGGGUUAUAUCACUUCUUCCAAAAUCGAGGGCCAAUUGAUCUUGUUAUCUCCGGGCCUAAUUAUGGCAGAAAUACUACAGCUCUCUUCGCGUUGUCGAGCGGCACUAUAGGAGGUGCAAUGGAGGCAGCAGUGAGUGGGAAGAAAGCCAUUGCUCUAUCGUACGCCUUCAGCUCUAGACACCAUGAUCCGGUGGUCAUUGCGGAGGCAUCAAAGCACUCGGUUCGAUUGAUAGAAUAUCUGUACAACAACUGGGAUGACAACGUUGAUUUAUACUCGGUGAAUGUGCCCCUUGAGCCUGGUAUGAGCGAAUCCAAAAUAUUAUAUACACAUAUGCUCCACAACCGCUGGUCGACUGGCAGCUGCUUCGAGGCAAUUGAUGCAUCUGCCUCCGGUGACGAACCUGGUCUUCAGGAGCAGAGUUUACGAGAAGGGAGCGAGUGUCAAAUACACAAGGGUUCUUCUGGCUCGAAUAAUAAGAAGACAUUAUUACAGCAUAAACACUUCAAGUGGACUCCUAAAUUGACUGAUGUCUAUCGAAGCGUGGAGGAAAGCAAGGAUGGAAAUGACGGCUGGACAGUCAAAGAGGGGAUGACGAGUGUUACUCCUCUCAAGGCAAAUUUUAUGCAUGCAGCUGGUAUCCAAGGAGAGAUCAAGUUAGGAAAAAAUGAUACCUUCGACUUUUACUGCAUUCUUGAUUACGAAGAUAAAUACGUGCAGCCUUUACUUGAAGAACUGUUCGAAGAACUUGAGAGGAAUAAGUACUGCAAGAUAAUCAAGUCUGUCGCAGACCUGCCUGAUCCUUCACAACCGGUGUUGCAGUAUCGAGCCUACGAAGAGAUUGAUUUCGACCACAUCAUGUCACAACCAUCAACGUCGUUGACGAAUUCCUUUAUUAUACGCAAGGCUCUUAUCAGAAAGCAUUACCUUUCCACUACGAUCGCCAACUGGAUUUCGAAAUAUCCUGACAGCAUUUUGAAGAACCAUUUUAAACCAGCAUUUGAUUUUGAGUUGGACUUUGCAGAGUUUCUUGAUGAAGCUUUGCUGGAAGCGUAUGAAUUACGUGAGAGCUUGGAGCAGAAUGAGUCCCGGCCAGCUGAUGAAAAGGAAUGGUGGAUCCUGAAACCGGGAAUGAGUGAUCGUGGGCAGGGCAUCCGGCUCUUCAAUAGUGAAGCUCAGCUUCAGGCGAUUUUCGAAGAGUGGGAGGUCGAUGAGUCAGAUAUAGACGAUGACGAAGGAAGCGAUGAAGGCGGUACGCAUGAUGAGUCCGGCCCAAGACUCAAUCCAAAGAACGGCCAAGGGGUGGUGACAUCGCAACUCCGGCACUUCAUCGCUCAGCCAUACAUCCACCCACCCCUAAUCUUGCCUUCAGCUUCCGGAAGGAAGUUCCAUAUCCGCACUUAUGUCCUCGCUGUAGGAUCUCUUAAAGUGUACGUCUUCAAGGAAAUGCUUGCUCUCUUUGCCGAGAAGCCUUAUAAGGCUCCGUGGGAAGAAGACGACGAUAUUCGAGAUUUGAGCAGGCACCUCACAAACACUUGUCUCCAGGAGAACGGCAGUUCCACUGAAGGCACAGUAAGACGAUAUUGGUCAUUGGAUGAUGACGGUUCUGGGCUGGAGGCCGGCUGGAAAGACAGAGUGUUUGAUCAGAUCUGUGCAGUCACUGGAGAGACAUUUGAGGCCGCUUCUCGGGGAAUGCUUGUACACUUCCAGACUUUGCCCAACGCUUUCGAGCUCUUUGGUUUGGACUACUUAAUUGAUGCCGCGGGAAAUGCAUGGCUUCUGGAGGUGAACGCGUUCCCAGAUCUUGGACAAACUGGUGACGAGCUCAAACAUGCCGUGGUUGGUCGAUUAUUUAAGGCUAUAAUCAACGUUGCCAUCAAACCGUUCUUCGCUAAAACACCCGUUACCACAACAGAUCCAGAUUUGAGACUCGUCGCUGACCUUAAUCUUGGUCGAAAAGCGUGAAAACACCCAUUGAGUCACUGAACAAUGCCAAUUGGCGGUCAGAGAAAAAAAUUUCGAGAGGGUUACACAGGCAUAACCCACCUCAAUUGGACCUGGAUCUCAUUCCAAUGUUUUCACUGUACAUUAUCUGCAAUAUACAGUAUCUAGCCCAGAGUCGGACGUUCUAUGCACUCCUAGUCACACUGAGGCCACGGCGAGCCCAUUCUUCACUGCCUAUCCCAGUCUGAGUCAUAGCUUCCUGUAUCAAGAACGUCGGUGCAUUUUUUGUAUGAAAAUAAAAGAUUCAAAGAAGGAGGAGGCCGUUUCUUUUAUGAAGUUGCAGGUGGUGCUUUCCUGUCUUUUUCUUUUUAGGGCGAACACAGCUU